AUGACGCGAGAUGAAGCGUGGGAAAGCAUGUGGGAUGAGGAGGCGGAUGAGCCGCUGGAGGCUGGGGCCGUUAGGAUACAGAUCCAAGCGCAGUCCGACGAUGAGCAGAUUGCUAGUGUCGUGUUGCCGGAUGCUAGUAACGCUGACGAAGAAGCGAACGACGAGGCUUCAGGUAGCAGUGAGGAUGGGAAGGACAGUCAGGGCAAGGCCAAGGCGGUACUGAUGGACGAGAAGUACCUCAAGAAGCGCGAACGACAACUGAAGAAGCUGCGAGAGAGUCUCCAACAGGCAGCAGACGAGCGGGACAAGAGCGCUAUCGACGAGGCCUUGGCUCGUGCUGAGCGCAAGCAAAUGAGUAGCGCUCUCCAGGAGGAUAUCCAACGCGCUCAGGACUCUGGACGUAAACAUCUGCACACGGUGACGUCCACGGCGUCGCCGUCAAGCGCUAGUGCUGGCAGCUUGAAGCCCCCGUCACUCGUGAUUCGACCGAUCGCGUAUGGCCAGGCAUUACAAGCGGCAGAGCAACAUCAGCAGCAGUUGAGAGCGCACCAGAAGCUCCUGGAGGAAAAGGACGCCGAGAUCGCCAAGCUCAAGAUGCUGCUGCUAACACACAAGGACAAGGCGUCUCGGGAAGACGCCAGGAGUAUCGAGGCGCGCACUCAAGCCAAGGCUGCAGCGCUUGCACGGCGAGUCACUCGCUUACGGUCUCAGUUCCCGGUUCCGAGUGCAGCUGCGAGUCAGGCGGACACGCUGAUCGAGUGGAUGGGCCCCAGCGACGUCGCCGACCGCGUUCGUCAACAGGUUCUGUCUUUUGUCCAGCGGGUCAUCACCGCUCACUUCCCUCUUGCUGCAGCGCCGCUCUUCUUCGCGACGGGGUCGUACCCUAUGAAGACGUAUCUGCCAGGGUCAGAUCUGGACAUUUGUCUGCUGGUGCCUCAAGAACUCGAGUCGUCGUGGUAUUAUAUCGUGACGCAGGCGCUGUGUGUCGCUGGAGGCAGUGGCGGGGCAGGCACCGUGCUGGAUCUAGGGAACUCUGCCAGUUCGGAUGUAAGCGGCAGCAGCUCUCCGUCUGGUCCUGCGGCGGCGAGUGGAGGGGGGCCCUUGUUAUUGACCAAUACAGUUCGCAACGUGACGUUUAUUAACGCGGACGUUCGCGUGGUCAAGUGUACAGUUGACAACAUCCCGGUGGAUUUUACAGCCAACCGCGUGGGAGCGCUCGGAGCUGUGCGGUUACUGGACGCCAUGGCGGCUCGUGUGGGACGACAGCACUUGUUCAAGAAGAGCCUCAUCCUCAUCAAGGCCUGGUGCACCCAUGAGUCGCGUCCGUUCAUGCAGAGAGCGUCCAAUGAGGCGGGUGGAUCGGUGCCUGGGAGCACGCCGGCUAGUGUCAUGGGGGCAAGUCACGGAGCUCUCUCGACGUACGCAGUGAACACGAUCGUGAUGGCUCUAUUCAACCAGCACGGCGACGCUCUCACGCACCCGCUGCAGGCGCUGUAUUUGUUCCUGGAUCGUCUGGCAGAGUUUCCGUGGCACGAGUGUGCGUUGACAUUACAUGGCCCUGUACCGCUGAGUCGUCUGGCCAGUACACCGUUGAAUGGAACCACUUCGUACAGGUCAAAGCUGAAGACGGCGAAGCUGGACGCCAGUGACGUUGAAGCUAUUCGCGACACGCUGGCGGAUCAAUUUGGAGCGUUUGACGCAGCUUUGAAGAGCAGCAAAGGCACGCCGACUGGAUUGUUCCCUAUUCGAGCCUGUAACAUUGUGGAUCCUCUAGACGACAAGAACAACUUAGCGCGUAGUGUGUCGGCUGAAGGGUUUCCCGUGAUGAAGCGUGCGUUCCGACUCGCGAGAGACCAGUUGGCAGCGAUGCUUGCACCUCGAUCAGCCAUAGACGACGACGCGGAGUUGUUGAGAGAGGAGUCGAGUAAAGACGUGGGCGUGACGUUCUUCUCGCGGUGUUGGCAGCUGUACGCACGUGGGGACGGAUGGAGGCCAGAUCUAUUGAUCCACCCACGACAGAUUUGGCACGGGAAGCCGGCGUCGACGUCUAGUACGGGCUCUCUCAAGAAGAACAAGGCGUCACCACGACCUCAGUCUGCGUCGGUGACGAAAAGCGAGGAGGGCGAAGAUCGGCGCUGGGAGUCGUUGCUACCGUCGCUGGAUGCGGGGACGGUCAAUUCGUUGCUGCUUCAGCACCAGCAACUGCAGCAACAAGCAGCAGCAGCGGCAGCUCCAGGAGGUCAACGCAGUAAGUCGCCACCACCGACAAGAAACGUCGGACCGCAGAACGGAAAGUCACUGGCCAUGGGAAGUCGGAGGUUUGACUCGACAUCGCCGCAGCGCAUGUGA